GAAAAGGUUUAUAUUAUAAUAAGUUCCAAGUCCAAGUGAUAAUAAGAUCUCAAGCUAUAGACAUUAGCCUAGCUAGCAUAGUUUGUUGUGACGUUUCGCUGGUUCAAAGCGUCAUUUUAAUUAUUAAAGAAGGAGAUCUAAAAAAAUCUUUACUCCAUAUCAAGUCGGUGAUUUGCACAAAAUCAUGAAUUCCAACUAUAUUACAACGGAAGCUGAGCGUGGAACUAGAUCGUUAUUCCAACCCAGGAUAUGGGUGGCAUGCAGUAUCAUAUCUUUAAUUUUCAUUAUUAUUAAUCUAGUAAAAUCAUCUCAGCUUGAUAUAGAGGAUGCUUUAUUUUUAACAAGAAACUCAAUCAAAGAGUUCAAAGAAAUGUAUUUACCCAACGGUCUACAUUUGGGCGGAGAUGAAGGGGUGUUCACUGAUGCGGAAACUUAUACGAGAAGGAUGAUACAUAAUGAUUUUGAUCUUGAUUUCCCACUAAAUGGGGUUAUGAAUUCAGUUUUCCCAAUAGACUCCUUUAUCGAAUUCAAUACUUCCGUAGAGUUCCCAGACAAUUUGUCCUUAUAUGGCGAUGAUACUAAAGUUACUCCCAAUCAACUAAUUGGUAGAUAUGCAUCAUUUAGUUCGAUCAUUACCAAUGAGAUGAAUGAACAAUAUAAAAUUUUCCCUGGACUGGCAUGUGAAGCUAUUAAUGGGACAGAAUACCCAGAAUAUUAUGGUAAGAUAUUCGUGGUAUUGAGAGGUGAAUGUACUUUUGUUGAUAAGGUUUCUAGUAUUGUUGAAUCCGAUUUAAACCCCAGGGCUAUCAUCAUAGCUAAUAAUGAACCAUAUAGAAGUUUAAUCACCAUGUAUUCAGCUACUUUCAAUAGUGAUGGGUCUUUGAAGACUCCGAUAAUGUUCAUCACCAAUGAGGACUAUAAAAAAUUGAAGUAUCUUGAAGAAGAGGAGCCAAACACUUUUUUACGUUUGAGUACUGCAUCCUUAGGAAAUUGGUGGAAUGUAUUGAUUUCAAUGACUUUAUCCCCGCCAAUAUUAAUAUUGUUGUUUUACACCGUAGUCAAAGGAUUACAGUUUUUCAGGAAAAGACGUCUUAACAAAUUGAAUGAAAAAAUUGUUAAGCAAUUACCCGUAUACAUAUUCAAUCAAAAUCAUAUUAUACCAUCGAAAAGUUUCUAUGACUAUAUCACAAUAACCAGGCAAAGUGACCGGUUAUCGUCGAUUCCAUCUUCCGAUAGCGAUUUGGGCAUAGCCGAAGCCAAUCCCCAAUCGAUUGGUCCAACACCCAAGUCGUCAACUUCAUCAAUGCAAAACUUGGUGAUCAACGGUGUUGAUCUUGAAGGGUCUACCGGUAAAAAAUUAAAUAUAUUGACGGCUCCCAAAGAUUACUAUCACACUUUCAAGUGUUCUAUUUGUUUAGACAGCUUCAAGCCACUUAAAUCGAGAGUGUUAGUAUUGGAUUGUAAACAUAUUUUCCACGAAAAAUGUUUAUCAAAUUGGCUCAUUAAUUUCAAAAGGAGUUGUCCCUUGUGUAAUAACACAUUGAAGAAUAACGAUCUACCUUACUUACUUGCAGGUCAAGAAAGUCAAAACAAUUAUGGUAGUAUCAGUAAUACUGAUUUAGAAGCUCAACGAGAAGAUAUCUUAAUCCAUGAUGAAUCAAGUAAUGAUUUUGCUGAUAGUCCAUCAUCGUCCCCUUCGUCAGUUCAUUCCAACGACGUUAUUGAACAAUCCCUGAUGAUUGAAUUCCUGGAACCCAACGAAACCGAAAUACCCCAAACUCCACCUACAAAUCACCAAUUAACAGUUCCCAACUCUGCUAAUAGUAAUGCUUCAAGUACUUCCAAUACUUCUUUCUACACCACCCAUACCACCUUGAAUCCAUCUUCUGUCUACACAUCAUCUCAGAACCCAGUCCGUCAUUACCGCGAGCUGAUUGGAUCCCACACCCAGCUUGAAUCGUUGAGUGAAUCGUUGAGUGAGUCGUUGAGUGGAUCGUUGAGUGGAUCGUUGAGUGGGUCUCUUGACGAAUCCCACCUAAGCAUCGAUACUGACAGCCAACAGUAUACCACGCCCUCUGGUUCGUUCAAAUCCGAUUCACCAAACACCAUCUCUGAAUUUGUUUCCCCCAAUGUCGAUACCGAGACUAUCGAAGAAGAUGCAAGUUUAUCUACAAUUGAAGCAGUCAACGUUUGACUUCACGUCUUCAUUUAUUAGUAUAUAUGUCUACAUUAUUACAGCAUGUAAUCUUUUCUUAUUGUAUUUGUUCCUCUCUAUUCUUACACGGGCCUU